UUACAGACCAAUAGUUACUUUUAAACUUUCGCUCUCUUUAUUUUCUAAAGAAUUAUUACAGACUUGUAGAGAUUUCAAAAAACCGUGCCCUAUACAAGCUGGGGUGUGGUCGGUGAGCCUUGCCGGAAAAGACAUUAUUGGCAUUGCGGUGACUGGCUCUGGUAAGACGUUAGCAUUUGCUUUAACUUCUGUAAGGCGACUUCAAGAAAAUCGGAGAACAAAUUUUAUAAAAAUAGUCCUAUUGUGCUAAUACUUGCGCCAACAAGGGAGCUUGCCAGCCAGAUUCAUGAAAUUUUUUAAGAAAUUUCUACUAAUGUAAAGGAUGUACGUCGUGUUUGUAUCUAUGGAGGAGUUUCUAAAAUGCAGCAAGCAGGAAUUAUGAGCCAAUCUUUUAACAUUAUGGUGGCCACUUCUGGUCGUUUAUUGGGAUUGCUAGAAUCUGGUAACAUAUUAUUAUCGAGAAGGUCCAUACUUGUUCUAGUUGAACCCGACAGAACAUUAGAUAAAGGAUUUGAGCCCGAUAUACGAAAAGUCAUUUUCCAUUUAAAAAAUAAAAGACAAAUUCUUAGGUUUAGUGCUACUUGGUCUAAGGAAGUUCAGCUUCUUGCUAAAGACUAUGCGAAAUCCCGUCAAGAUCACAACUAGCGGGCGCGCGUUACUGGCGAUUACGUGCUUGACGCAACAUGUGGAAGUUCUUCUGCCUCCGCAUAAACGCUUCCGAAGUUCCCCAAGUGGCGCAGUUCCUUCAGUCCAACGGUUAUGGCGUCUUCGCGGUUCGUGGUGAUAUGUCACAGCCCGCCAGCACUAGCUCCGUUAACAGUUUUAAAAGAGGGAAGAUGCCAAUUUUAAUUGCCACCGACGUGUGUUCACGUGGCCUUGACAUCCCUAAAGUCGAAUUUGUGAUAAACUAUACAUUCUCUCUGCCAGUGGAAGAUUAUGUUCAUCGCAUCGGGCGGACGAGAAGAGCGGGAGAAGACGGGUGACCUACACUUUUUUUUACAGAUUAUGAUAAACAUCUUGGAGGCGCGCUCUGCGACGUUUUAAAAAGUUUUUGUGCUAAUCAGGAAAUUCCACCCGCCCUGAAAAGUUUUCAUAUGCACCUACUAAAGCUAAACGUCAUAAACUUAACGGUUUUUCUCUCGGAUGUUAAAUUUUUAAGCAUUGCUGGAUUCUUAUUACUGAAAGGUCAUUUUUGUAAACGACUCGCUGCCGUUGAAAGCGCCCACUAGAAUUCUGUUUGAGGACUAAUCACAGAAUCUAUUUUUUUUAAUAAUUAAAAAAUAAUUUUCUUUUU